UAGGGCUUACUCUACCGUCGAUAAUACCAAUCUAGAGCGCCAACAGUCCGUCUAUUCUGUUGUUGAAGGAUCCCGCUCCCUGCAUUGUUGCCUACGAUGGCUCGCGAUUUCCGCGCGCGCUUGGACGCUUCCACGACACCAGUCGUUCCAGAGUCCCAGUCCCCAAAAAAACAAAAAGCGGCUGAGCCCUCGCAUCUCCUCAACCGCCAUAUACCCCUCUCCUCUCUGCCGGCUUCUCAUAACCGCUUUACGCAGAAAGCACAGGGUUAUGAAUUAGACUCUUGAAGGCGAUCGCGCAAACUUGAUCUCGCUAAUCCGCCGCAAUGGGUGCUCCCAAAGGUACCAGCUACCGCGACGAUCCCGAUGCAGUAUCGUUGCACACCACCCCAGGCGAUAGCUACGACGACAACGACGGCGGCGACGGCGGCGACAAUGCUUCCUCCUCCUUUCCCUCCAUGCCCAACUCCGCACCACCAGUCUAUACACCUACUUCCAAUGCUCAGACCGACGCCGACCCCAACGACCCCGCCUACGCCUUCCGCUCGCUCGGCACAUCAGCCCCUGAAUGCCAUAUCACAUACCAGUCGAAGAGGAUCUUUGCCAAACGCACUCGUAUCGCAAACGAAGUUGCCUCUCUCCAAGAUGCCCGUGCUGACACAGAUCCCGCAUUUCUUCAGCGGUGGAUCGAGGCAAUGGCUCGCGAGGCUCCGGCGCCGUACAUUCACAUCAUCGGCAACCACAAGGAGACGCGGCGUGGUAGCGAUGGCAAGAAGACUACGGAGAAUGUGACGGACUUUCGGAUCCUGGUCAGUAUGCGGAAUUACUUAUGGCCGGGCUUCAAGAGCUACAGUCCAAAUGAUAUGGAUCUGCGUACGGUGGACAAUGGCGAGAAGACGUGGCGUGGAGGUGUAUUCAAAGCACGCGCACCAGGCGCAAAAGGCGACAUUGAAGUCGGCGAGGAGAAAGCAACAUUAAAGGAGUGGUGCCACCGGUACUGCGCAAGUCCGGCCGGAACACGAAUCUUCCGCCUCACCCGAACCAUCACCGGCCUCGACGAAACCCACCUGCGCACGCGCAUCGAGGGCCUCAUCCGCAGCACAAACUACAAAGGCCACAUCAGCAUCGAAUUCCCCGUCUCCGACCGCGCCGUCGACAUCUACACAUCCUCCAAGCUCAACACCUGGCGCCUCACCACCUGGAUCUGCUGGCUCUUCUACCUCUCCUUCCUCUGGCUCUUCUCGUGGCCGAUCCUGUACUUCACCACCAAGCGGUACCACGUCGUCCGCGCCGAGUGGCCGUUCUCCCAGCUCGACGCCCAGGGCCGCAAGCGGUACACGACGGUCAGCGAGGAGCAGUGGGUGGACAAGUUCGGGCUUGCGGUGCGGCAGUUGUGUAUGGAUCGGUACGAAGGCAUGGCGGGUGAUGAUCUGCUCACGCAAGUGCUGGCGAGGCCGGAGACGCAUCAGCCCCUGGGGCCGCAGUUUCGCGCGCAGGCAGCGGUGGGUGCGGCAGUCGGUGCCGUGAGGGGUGGUUUCAACGCGGUGAAUCAGGUCAAUAACCUGAUGCGGUUUGCGGGUGGGUCGUCCGGUGAUCAGAUUGGGUGGGGAUUUGAUACUUGAGUUGGGAUAUGUGCCUUACAUGCGGUUCUAGUCUGGAUUUGGGCGAAAGUUGUCGUCAAUUUCUCCCCUGCCUUGCCCGAUGAAGUUUGAAUCCGAUCUGAUGUUCAAAUGGCGCACCGGGUAUCUAUAUAGCAUUCAAUGAAUCUUACAUGCGCUUUGCAUAUCUCAGUUAUUGUACUCCUUUCGACUGAUCCGAGCUCCAGGCGGGCUCGGUGUACCAUCCUUGGCAAUUCAAAGGACAUAGAAGCUUUCUGUCAUACUGGAUAGUCUUAUAAACGAACAC